AACCUCAAAUGUCGAGAGAGCAAACGCGUGGAAAACCGAUUAACUGUGAAUGAUCGGGAAUUACAUCUUUAAUUGUUCUUUUCCUUCUGAUUUUUCUUUUGUUUGUGACCAAUGCUAAAUUCAUUUUUCUUUGUUUCCUUAUUUUCUUCUUAGGAAAACACUUAGGGGGGUGUAUUCAAUUGAGAGUUUUAGGUGAUUUGUGUCAAAAUGACAAAUCCACUGUUAUUGAAACAUGAAUUUUAAAAACUCAUUUAAAAUUCAGUGUUAUUGAACUUGACAUUUUAUAAAGUACUAUGAAAUCCACUGUUAUUGAAAGUAUUUUAUGUUGUGGAGUUUUCAAGUUUUCAAGUGAUUUUAGAGUGUUUGGGUGGAGUUUCUUAGUUAAAAAAAAUUAAAACUCAAAUCUCAUGGUUUUAGGUGAUAUUCUAUAGUGGUUUAACAAAAAAUAUUUUAUUCUCUGCAAUUCCUUAAAAUCAUCUAAAACCUUAUUAAAAAUCAAAUCACCUUAAAUUUUAGAUUGAAUACACCCCCCUUAAAAAUUUAUUGAUAAUCCAGUGGCAAUUGCAAUGCUAUCCACAUAUUCGCAAUGACACCUAUCAAUGUAUUCAGUAUGUUUUAAAGAAACCUAUUAAAGGAAAAAAGAAGAAGUUAUGGGAGAGGAAAAGACCAAUCUCUAUUGAAGACAGAUGCUCUAAACUAAUAAUAACAGAAUUAAACAAAAGAGAAACAAAUAUUCUUUCAUAUGAAAGGAUCUUGACCGUUGAUCCUUGUCUUUUAUUGGUGGAUGGGGCGGCAUUAACUACGUGGUCCUUAUACAAUACGCUGUAACGCCAACACGUGGAUUAGUGUGACUGAUAAUAUUCUCUCUUCUCUCUUCUUCUUCUCGAAAAAAUAAACCUCUUUUUCCCUUCAACUUGCAGAAGAGGAAGAAGAAGAACUCAAGAAGCGAUAUACACAAGACACUAAGAAUAUGUUGAUUAUGGAACGGCUGAAAUCUCCUCCUCCUCUCAUGAUCGUCUCGGACCUUGAUCAUACCAUGGUUGAUCAUCAAGAUCAUGAUAACCUCUCUCUUCUGAGGUUCAACUCACUGUGGGAAGACGCUUAUCGCCGUGACUCUCUCCUUGUCUUCUCAACAGCAAGAUCACCAAUUCUUUACAAAGAACUGAGAAAAGAGAAACCAUUGUUGACACCUGAUAUCAUCGUUACGUCCAUAGGAACCGAGAUAGCGUUUGGUAACUCCAUGGUUCCUGACCAUUCUUGGGUUGAGACCUUGAACACCGAUAAAUGGAACAGGGAGAUAGUGUUAGAAGAAACAAGCAAGUUCCCUGAGUUAACUCUUCAGCCUAAAACUGAGCAGAGGCUACGCAAGGUCAGCUUUUACAUUGAUGAAGGUAAAGGUGAGGCAGUGACCAAGGAACUUUCACACUUGCUGGAGAAACGUGGCUUAGAUGUCAAGAUCAUUCACAGCUGGGGAAUGAAUCUGGAUGUUAUACCGCGAGGUGGAGGAAAAGGAGAAGCUCUCGAGUAUCUUCUCAAGAAGCUGAAGGCUGAAGGAAUGUCCCCUGUCAAUACUCUUGCUUGCGGCGACUCUGAACACGAUGCUGAGCUAUUCAGCAUUCCUGAUGUUCAUGGUGUCAUGGUGAGCAAUUCUCAAGAAGAGCUAUUGAAGUGGCAUACUGAAAAUGCUUUAAACAACUCAAAGCUCAUACAUUCAAGCGAGAGAUGUGCAGAUGGGAUUCUUCAAGCUAUUGAUUAUUUCAAGCUUGGUCCAACUCUUUCUCCAAGAGAUAGUUCUGAGUUCUUGAAUGGAAAGGCCGAUAUUGCCAAUCCUGGUCAAGAAGUUGUGAGAUUUUACUUGUUUUACGAGAGGUUGAGACGUGGUGAGAUCAAGAAGUAUGAAACAUACAUAGCCAGCUUUAAAGAGGCUUGUCACCAGGAUGCUGUCUUUUUCCAUCCAGCAGGUGGAGAGAAGUCUCUGAGGGACACCAUUGAUGAGCUGAAGAAGUAUAAUGGAAACAGAAGUGGGAAGAAGUUUUGGGUUUGGGUGGAUCAGGUUCGGGUGAUAGACAAAAUUCCUAGGAAAUGCAUAGUGAAGUUUGAUAAGUGGGAGCAAUGCGAGGAUGAGCGUAAAUGUUGCACAACUACUGUUGAAUUCAGUUCAAAGGGAGGAGGAUGUUUGGUGUGGGAACAAGUGAAGCAGAUAUGGUCAGAAAAAUCGGAGCUGAAUGAUGAAAACAAUUGCUGGAUUAUCUGAAUCUUUGGAGACUUGUGAAUGAUUGAUUUGCAAACAGUCUUCAGGAUUUGUCUUCCCUUUCUCCAUAUAGUUUUUCUUUAUAAGUUUUGAAAAUGUUUUUGAUAAUUACCAAAAAGAAAAGUGUAAUAUACACUUAUGAUUUACAGGAAAUUAGAAAACAAAUUGAGGGUGAACCGGGUUCGGACCGGUGACCUCUUCAAAUGCUA